AUGGGCUCAGAUCCUCAAUACGCAAAAUGGCCGUUGCUGCUGCUGGCCCAGCACGUCUUCACGCUCACUAACCCCUACGCCUCCCGUCCCGCGCAGCAGGCGUCGGCCAAGAGCCUGCAGGAUGCCAUCAGCGAGCACAAGAUGGCGCCCCUGUACCGGUACCUUGCACAUCCCGUCGAGGGUAUCCUCAACCCCGUCGGCGAGGCCAGUUCGAGUGUCGUCGGCAAGCCUACAAGCAGAAAGAGCAGCGCCGUCGGCAUGAUCGCCACCAAGGGCACCUCGUCGAGCAUAAACCUCCUCUGGGACGAGGCCUUGUACCAGUCACUGCAGGCCGAUAACCAACGUGAACUAGACGAGUUCCAGAAAGAGGAGGAUGAGGCUGUCGAAAAAGCUGGCGACACUGAGAUCAUGGCUGCCAGAGGCAAGAGAGCCGAGUUCUGGGCCCGAGUCGGUGACAAGGAGAAAGCCAUUUCCUCGUAUGACGACGUGUAUGAGAAGACGGGUAUUCUUGGCACCAAGAUUGAUAUUGUGCUCGCUAUCAUACGAAUGGGACUGUUCUACGGUGACAAGCAGCUCGUCAAGAAGCACGUUGAGCGGGCCAAGACGCUGGUUGAGAGCGGCGGCGACUGGGACCGUAGAAACCGCCUCAAGGCCUAUGAAGGCCUCUACCUCUUGACUGUGCGGAGUUACAACCUGGCAGCCCCCCUACUGCUGGACAGUCUGUCAACCUUCACAUCGUACGAGCUAUGCACCUACAGCAACUUGGUCGUCUACUCAGUGCUCGCCGGCUCCAUCUCUCUCAAGCGUGUCGACUUCAAGUCCAAAGUGGUGGAUGCCCCUGAGAUCAAGGCGAUCCUUGGUGACGGCAGCGACAAGCUCUUGGCCCUGUCGGGUGCCAUCUCGGCUGGCCCCGGCGCCGACGCGAGCAUGCAGGACACGAGCUCGAUCCCAGCAGGAGCGACAGCCGUCGUAAACCUGACGACCCUGGGCCGCAGCACCGAUCAACCUGAGGCCGAGAUGUCGGUAGACUUCAGCUCGCUUUCUCAGCUUGUCAGCAGCCUGUAUAACGGACGGUAUAAGCUCUUCUUCCAGGCUCUUGCUCUCGUCGAGGAGCAGUUCCUGACGCAGGACCGCUACCUUCACGAGCACAAGAACUGGUUCAUCCGUGAGAUGCGCCUCCGUGCCUACCAGCAGCUUCUGCAGAGUUAUCGUGUUGUCGGUCUCGACAGCAUGGCUAAUGACUUUGGGGUAACCGUUGACUUUCUGGAUCGCGACCUAGCCAAGUUCAUUGCCGGCGGCCGGAUUCCCUGCACGAUCGAUCGUGUCUCGGGCAAGGGCGUCAUUGAGACCAACCGGCCCGACGACAAGAACAAGCAGUACCAGGACGUCGUGCGCCAAGGCGAUCAGCUGAUUACGAAGCUGCAAAAGUAUGGGCAGGCUGUUCGGUUGAGAGGGAGCGAAAGAGCGUAA